UGCUUUAUUCUGCAUCAGAGUGGGAUGUAGAUUUCUAGGAUCUUGCACAAAGCUUCUCCUCACGCUCCAGUUGUUUUUUUUAGCCCAUUAAAUGAUGGAAGCCAGUCAGCUGGGAGCUGUUUGUAUGGAGAGGUUUUUUUAUUGAUGCAAAAGAGGACAUUUACUGGAAGUUUUGGGGUUGUGUUUUUUAUUGUUUGGAGGGGGAUGGGAUUCAAUCACUAUCUGUGUCUGCUGCUCUGUGCAGCAGCCCUGACAGUUUCCGAAGUUUUUGGUAAAGAUGAGAACAGCGAGGUGCACAGGUGGACCAGGCAGAGCCUCCCGGUGCUGCUGGACACACACACACAGCCUCUAAACACGCCUUUGUUCAGGGGCCAGGAGGAGGAUGAGGAGAGAGGUCGGACAGAGACACUCUGUGGAAUAGAGUGUCAAAGCAGCCUACCACCUAUGGACCAGACUGAGCAAGAGAGGAUUCUGGGAUAUGAGACAAUGCAUGAGAACGGCACUCGCACUCAUACAGAUAUCAGUUUGCAGGGUUUUAACAAGACGUCUGCGGGAACACCAGCCCACUCACUAGCUCGCACCCGCAGGAAACGACAGGUUUUUGGAGCAGAUGGACGCUUUGUGAUCUCUGAUUUGCAUUUCAUCACCAACUAUCCUUUCUCUACCGCUGUUCGCCUCUCCACAGGCUGCUCUGGAGUCCUAAUAUCCCAGAAACAUGUGCUGACAGCGGCACACUGCAUCCAUAAUGGGAGGGACUACCUGGAGAGUGUCAGAGGCCUUAGAGUAGGGAUGUUGCAGCUCAAGACCAAGAGAAGGAGAAGGGGUGGGAGGAGAGGAGGGCGGCGGAGGCGUGGGAGGAAAGAAGUGGGGGAGAAAGUUAAGGAGCAGAUAACGGAGGAAGGUGAGGAGCACAAUAGUCUUGAUGAAGAUGUGGUGACAGGCAGACAGGGAGGCAAAGGCAGGAGGCGCAGGGGAAGACAAGAGGGUGAGGAGGAUGUAGCUGAUCAUGGUGACCUAGAGAGAGGAGGACGAACAGGGAAACAAAAAAGUCUCAGUCGUAUGCGACGUAGUGCUGAACCCAGGAAGCAAUCCGUCUUCCGUUGGACACUAGUUAAACAGACCAGAAUCCCUCAAGGAUGGAUCCAAACCAAGAGCUCCACAAGCUCAGUGUCCCCUGACUACGAUUACGCUAUUCUGGAGCUGAAACGACCCCUUAAACAAAAGUACAUGGAGCUGGGAGUGGCCCCCUCUGCCACCCCUCUGGCACGGAUCCACUUCUCAGGCUAUGAUUCUGACAAAAGCCUGCUGGACGGGCGUGGAAAUGAGAAGGUGGUUUACCGGUUUUGUUCGGUGGCAAACCAGUCUAACGAUUUGAUGUACCAGCACUGUGACGCUCAGCCGGGUGCCACAGGUGCAGGUGUUUACGUUCGUCUGAGACAGGAAGUGGGAGAGAAAGGCAGGAAGGGGAAGUGGCAGCGGAGGGUGAUUGGGGUGUUUUCAGGCCAUCAGUGGGUGGAGGGGAAGGGAGGUGAGCAGAGGGAUUUUAAUGUUGCAGUGAGGAUUACGCCACCCAAAUAUGCGCAGAUCUGUCACUGGAUCCAUGGAGAUCCAAAUCUCUGUAAAGAGGUUUGACUGCAAAGCGAUGGAUCUAGAAAAAUAUUCUUUUGUCAAUUGCAAAGAGACUCAGAGAUCUGGGCCUGUGUGUAUAAAACUUAAGAGUCUUAGGAGUGGUCCUCAACUUUGACUAAUCAGUUGAAUUUAUUUUAGUAUGAAAUAGGACUUAGAAGCUUUGUACAAAAAAAUGCUAACUUUUAACAAAUUUCACUCUUAGCAGCUUUAUACAUACCGACCCAGGAAUGCUGAGCUGACACCAGCUUAACACCUCAGUGACAGUUUGUCAAGCAAAUCUAUAAUCCAGGAAUCCUGCACUUGUCCCUAGUUCUGGAUCUUGAUCCUAUUCUGCCAUUUAUCAGUUAAUUUAGAAGCUGUAGGAAAUCCUUACGAAUGAGUCAAAAAUGGCUAAGAACAUGAGAAAGUAUUUGAAUUUGUUUGAAUUAGUUAAGUUCUUCAGUUUGUGAGAGAAAUUCACUGUUACCUUUUCUAAAUGCCACAUUUGUUUGUCUGUCUCUGAAACACCUAACUUAUAUAACUGAAACUGUAAUUAUGUGAAGGAGAAGACACACCCUGUUUUUUUUCUCCUAUGUUGCACCAUUAUCGUUUUAUAAUAAGUUGGUAAAUUACUAAAACAUACUGGUCCUCAUUUCACUAUACAUGUUAAAGAAAUAGUAACUCUACACAACAUAUAUAUGUAUUGUAAUUACAAUACAAUUUUGUAUUGUAAUUUUGUCUGUUAUCGAACAGAAAUGUUUAUGCCACAAACACAUUUUCCUGUCAAAAGUGAUAAAUCAUGCUGAUAACAAAUAAAAAUGUUGAAUUCUCAAACAAGUCCUCAAAAUCAGAACAGAGAUAAGUGAUGAGCCGUGAGGGUAGUUUGGAUCAGUGUAUUUGUCUUUUAUUGCAUCUCAUUUGGACUCACAUGCAGGUGGGGAUGAGGGAGAAAGAACGAUGCCGUCCAUCAUAAUCUCCAAAAAAACAACACAGCCUUCAUUUGAAUACUUAGCAAACAUUAUUUAUCCACAUUGUUUUUGUUUUUUUAUGUGUCAUAGUCAUCUUUAUUUUUCUUUCAACACUUCGUUAAUGCCACAAUGGAUUAAGAUACAGUCACUUUUGGAAAUAAACAACACAC